AUGGAUUGGGGCACGGAGCUUUGGGACCAGUACGACGUCAUCGAGAAGCACACACAGUCCGGCCUGGAGCUGGUGGAGAAAUAUGUCAAGUUUGUGAAGGAGAGGACAGAGAUUGAGCAGAAUUAUGCCAAACAGUUGAGGAACCUUUCUAAAAAAUACAACCAAAAGCGGAGCAACAAAGAUGAGCCAGAAUGCAGGCUGUCCAGCUACCAGUCGUUUCUGGACAUCCUGAAUGAGAUGAAUGACUACGCGGGCCAGAGGGAGCUGAUUGCGGAGAACCUGAUGAUGAAUAUUUGCAUCGACCUCACGAAGUACCUCCAGGAGCUCAAGCAGGAACGCAAGGCGUAUCUGAUGGAGGCGAAGAGGGCCCAGCAGAAUUUGGAGAGCACCUACAAGCAGCUUGACAGUAGUAAAAAGCGUUUCGAGAGGGAAUGGAGAGAAGCGGAGCGUGCAACACAGUACGCCGAGAAGACGGAUCAAGACAUCAAUGCCACAAAAGCUGAUGUUGAAAAAGCCAAACAACAAGCUCACAUGAGAGCGCAUGUAGCAGACGAGUGUAAGAACGACUACGCCGCUCAGCUCCAGAAGUACAACAAAGAACAGAGCCACUUCUAUUUCAAUGAGAUGCCCCUCGUUUUCAAUAAAUUGCAGGAUCUGGAUGAGAGGCGAGUACGGAAGUUGGCGCACGGCUACAUUUUGUUCUCGGACACGGAGAAGCAUGUGAUGCCCAUCAUUGGCAAGUGCCUGGAGGGCAUCACCAAAGCCGGCACUAACGUUAAUGAGAAGAAUGACUCCAUGGUUAUAAUAGAGCAGAAUAAGUCCGGCUUUGAGCGUCCUGGAGAUGUGGAGUUUGAGGACUACAGUCAAGGCAUCAACCGGACCUCGUCUGACAGCAGCCUCGGGACGCCUAAAGGCCCCAUGGACCUUCUCGGGAAGAACAAGGGCAAAAACUUUUGGCUUUUCAGCAAGAGAAGUAAGCUCUCUUCCUCCACGCUCACUCCUUCCUCCGCACCCCCCACCCCUUCACCCGCUAAUGGACCCCCCUCCCCCAAGUUUGGCCGGGACCCACUGUCGUACUGUUUGAAGGAGAUCAAUAAGACAGUCAAACCCAGAAUCUCUUCCUUCCGGACACUCAGGAGAUCGCCCACGGUGACAGAAGAUUUCGCCCAUCUGCCCCCAGAGCAGCGCAGGAAGAGGUUGCAACAAAAAUUAGAGGAAAUUUACAAAGACUUGCAGAAGGAAACGGAUCAGAGUGAAGCUCUAGGAAAAAUGAAAGAUGUUUAUGAGAAGAAUCCUCAGAUGGGAGACCCGGCGAGUCUGGCAUCCCAAAUCAACCAGACAUCCCAGAAUAUAGAGCGGCUCAGAGGCGAGCUGAACAAAUAUGAGACUUGGCUGGCUGAAGCAGGAGGUCGCGGAGAGACUCUACGCUAUAAACCACACACAUUUAACAACAACGGCGCCCACGACAUACACAGUCCUGAUGGCGCCCACUCGGAUGAAAGCACUCCUGAUCCCUCCCAGGCCAUCUACGCCGAGUUUGAUGACGACUUUGAGGAUGAAGAACUCACUGCUCCGAUUGGGAAUUGCACAGCCAUGUACAAUUUCCCGGGUGCCAGUGAAGGGACCAUUUCGAUGCAGGAAGGGGAGGUGCUGGCCGUGGUCGAGGAAGACAAAGGCGACGGCUGGACCCGCGUCCGGAGGAACAACGGGGACGAGGGCUACAUACCCACAUCCUACGUCACUAUCACUCUAAAUAAAUGACAGACACAGGAUGAACGAGUGGAAUAAUGGAUCGACUGUGGACAGUUCUUCCUAUCGGACCAAUUGAAAAGAGGCACAAACAUUGGCAGGACCACGCGUGUCCCCGGGAAAAUCCUCAUAAAAGGUGCUCUGAUGUCUGGAGUGAGGUGUAGCAUAUUUACUUUCUGAUAUCAUGUUCAUUUUUUUUCCUUUUUGUUUUUAUGAAACAGUCCUGCUCACAUGUGAGGCACGAUUCAGGUACAAGUGCACGCCUUGUUUCACAGCCUGCUGAGACAUUAGCUUCUCGAUGUGAGAGUAAUGAGCAGCGGAGGAGGAGGAGGAGGAGGAGGAGGAGGAGGAGGAGGAGGAGUGUGAUGAGUGCUGCUGCCAUCUGUACAAUGAGUAAUACCACCAGUAAUAUCCAGAAGGAAGUUACCUCACUUGUUUCCCUUUUUUCAGUUGAAGACUGACAUGCUUUGACCCACAGCGGUCCCCCGCCAUCAACGAAACCAGAAUAUAUGACCUGUCUUAGUUUUUAUUUCACUCAAGUGUGCCACUCCUUACCUCUAACGGCGCUCGAGGAUCCCUGGGGGAUGGACAUGUUACAGGAAAAACACUUCGCUUUUUGGUUUUCAGCCAUUCGUGAGGCCAAAGUUGUGGGCAGAGAAAGUCACAUUCACACAGCUACAAUGAAAAAGCAUUCUAAUCUUUAGACAAUCACAGCCAUAUCAUCAUUAAGGUCAUUUCAGACAUUUAGCAAUAGCAAGGAUACGUGGUUACUGUUGUUUUCUAACAGUUACAACCUGAAAAUUGUACUAAAAUAAUUUAUUACAAAUGUUUAUAAGCAUUUUCAGGUUGGACAGAAGUUGUGCUUUUGUAUUAAGGGUGUUAUCAUGUUUCUCUUUUGUCCUUGCAACCAUAGAGGACAGUCUGUAGCCCACUAAAGGGAGUUAAUGCACCGUAAAUGUGCUCCAUUAGGGCUGUUGUAUUUAUGUAAGAAAUAAUAUAUAUAUUUUAGCUACCACAACACCACUAUUGUCUUAUUAGCUUUUUAACCAUUUGAAUAAAGAAUACUGUGUGAAGUACCUAAUUUUGUCACUAAUAAUAUUUUAUUGGGUUUUACUUCACACGAAGUUCAUUCACAUCUUUUUUUUUUUUUAUUAUUAUUUUUAUUUUUUACAUUGUUAUGGAGCCAGCGAAAAGCAUUACUUUUAAAGUAAGUGCUUGUGUGUCUUUGGUGCCUUUCUGGUUAAAAGCAUUGUUGUAUGUAUGCCAUUUUUGCAUUCAGGAUAUUCUUUUUUUUUUCCAUUACUUAAUAGAUGUCAAGCACAUUUCCAAGUGGUUCUGUUUAGACCUGGCUAAAUAAAUAACUCAACCAAAUG